UCGCACAGUGUUUCCCUCACAUUGCACAGUGAAACCCUUCGUUCUACAGUACGUGGCCAGACAUUUGGAUCUAGUAGAAAUGGCACUGAGCCACAAAGAGUUUGAGAGAGCAGGGAAGUCUGCUGGACUCCAAGUCUGGAGGAUUGAAAACAUGAAGUUGGUACUGGUAUCUGAGUCUCUCCAUGGUAACUUCUAUGUGGGUGAUGCGUAUCUCAUUCUCCAUACAGUCAAGCAGAGGGACAGCUAUUUCUAUGACCUGCACUUCUGGCUUGGUAAGGAGUGCAGUCAGGAUGAGAGCACUUCUGCAGCCAUAUUCACUGUGCAGAUGGAUGACUACCUGGGCGGAAAACCUGUUCAGUACAGAGAACUUCAGGGGGCAGAGUCCACCACCUUCACCAGUUACUUUAAGGGAGGAAUCAAGUACAAGGCAGGAGGUGUGGCUACAGGAUUCAAUCAUGUGAUCACCAAUGAUCUGACAGCAGAGAGGCUCCUCCACAUUAAGGGGAGACGGGUGGUGAGGGCCACCGAGGUGCCGCUCACAUGGACCAGUUUCAACAAUGGAGACUGCUUCAUUGUGGACCUAGGGGCAGUGAUAUAUCAGUGGUGUGGCAGCAACUGUAACAAGUAUGAGAGGUUGAAGGCAGCACAAGUUGCGACCAGUAUCCGUGACAAUGAGCGUAAUGGGAGAGCCAAGCUCAUUGUGGUGGAGGAAGACAUGGAACCGAAAGGCAUGAUAAAGGUCCUGGGUGAAAAGCCAGACCUCCCUGAUGGGGAUAAUGAGGACGAUGCCAUUGCAGAUAUAUCCAAUCGUAAAAUGGCCAAACUUUACAUGGUAUCAGAUGCAACAGGGGACAUGCAGGUGUCUGUGGUCUCUGAGGAGAACCCCUUCUGUCAAAGCCUUCUCCUGUCUGACGAGUGCUUCAUUCUGGAUCACGGGAAGAGCAGGAUGAUAUUCGUAUGGAAAGGCAGGAAUGCGAACAAGAGUGAGAGGAAGGAAGCAAUGAAAACAGCUGAAGGCUUCAUAAGACAGAUGGGCUACCCACAGAACACCCAGAUUCAAGUUCUUCCACAGGGAGGUGAAACUCCAAUCUUCAAACAGUUCUUCUGGAACUGGAAGGAUAAAGAGCAAAGUGAGGGAUUUGGGAAAGUGUUUGUAACAGAGAGAAUUGCUCGGAUCCAGCAAUUACCAUUCGAUGCUUCCAAACUCCAUGAAUCCCAGCACAUGGCAGCUCAAUACAACAUGGUGGAUGAUGGGAGAGGAGACACACAGAUCUGGAGAGUGGAAAACGGUGACAGAGUUGAAGUUGACCCGGAAACACAUGGCCAGUUCUACGGUGGAGACUGUUACAUCAUUUUGUACACGUAUGCCAAAGGGACAAUCAUCUACACCUGGCAGGGCUCCAAUGCCUCCCUGGAUGAGAUCACCACUUCUGCCUUCCUGACUGUACAGUUGGACCGAUCCUUAGGGGGUCAUGCAGUGCAUGUCAGAGUGACUCAGGGCAAGGAGCCCUCUCAUUUUCUGAGCCUGUUCAAAGCCAAGCCUCUGAUCGUGUUCAGGAAUGGAACAUCCCGGAAAGGGGGGCAGCAUUCCCCACCUCCCACGCGCCUCUUCCAAGUGCGCCGCAACCUACCUACAAUAACACGCAUCGCAGAGGUACAGGUUGAGGCUCAAAGUCUGAACUCCAAUGAUGUUUACCUGCUGAAGCUAGCACAGGGGACAGGGUACAUCUGGGUGGGCAAGGGGGCAAGUGAGGAGGAGGAGGAGGGUGCUGAAUAUAUCAGUGAACAGCUACACUGCCAGGCCAGCAGGAUCACAGAGGGACAGGAACCAGCUGACUUCUGGGCAGCAUUAGGUGGGAAGAAAGAAUAUCAGACAUCACAGCAGCUGGAGAGACAAAAAAUCACUCAUGCCCCACGCCUGUUUGGCUGCUCAAACAAGUCAGGGAGGUUCACUAUUGAAGAAGUGCCAGGAGAAUUCACCCAGGAUGAUUUAGCUGAAGAUGACGUAAUGCUGCUUGACGUCUGGGAUCAGGUGUUUGUAUGGAUUGGAAUAGACGCCAAUGAAGUUGAGCGAACGGAAUCCCUGAAAUCAGCAAAAAUGUACAUUGAGACGGAUCCAGCAGGACGGGAUAAGGACACCCUGCUGGUCACUGUGAAACAGGGGCACGAGCCGCCCACAUUCACAGGAUGGUUUUUAGGCUGGGACGCAUCACGAUGGGGCCCUGACCCUGUUGCCAAGGAGUCAUCACAUAUUGCAUGAAAGCCAAGGCAUUCCAAUUUUACAUUUUAUUCAUAACUAGUUUGUAAGUGUUGAAAUGUUUGCUUUUAUACUUUGCAUAAUUAUGUAUUACUGUAUUUGCACCUUUAUAACUUUUAUGUUUUGCCAAGAAUAUAUGCUCACUUUAGAAACCACCCACUUUUCUUAUUACAAACCAGUGUAUCAUGAAACUAGACUGUUAAAAUGUUUCAGAAGAAAUUGCGUUUGCAUGUGAAUACACUGUUCGUGGUCUUUAACAUUUGACAAUUAUCUUUUGUUAUGUUUUGCUGGGGAUGAUAGUGUAUUACUGAUCAUGUAUUAAAAAGGAUAAAAUGU